AUGAAGAAGGAACACGCUAUCAAAAAGAAAACUCUGGCUGGUACUCGAAAUACGGCUAUCAAGUCCUUUUUAACAACUCCACCUUCUUAUCUGACUUUACAACCAAUUCAUGUUUUAGUACUUUCUCUUUGCUUUAUGGGAAACAUUGUUUUAUUGCAUAUAAUCGGUCGGUUUGGAGUUCCACUCGGCUUACAAACAGUUAUUAGUGCCAUUGCCAUUAUAGCUGCACUCGUUGUUGGAUAUCUUGUUCAACGGCAAUAA